AUGUUUCGUGGCACUGGAGCAGCCCAUGCUGCUCGUUCUUUCCAUGACGCGACCUCAAGCCUUCCAAGUGUAACCAGCCCCUACGCUCGAAGUGAAGCAUUUACGGACCCUAAACGGAAACAGACCAUCAUUAGUCUUUUGGAUGUCCUGAGCGAGCUUAGCAAUGAGGCGUCUUCAGACAACGAUCCCAACCUUCCUUCCAAUUUUGAAGAUGACCGAGACGUUCCGACUGUGGAUGAAAAACUACAAGUAGCAGGAUCAGAAUUAUUUAACAAAUUCGAGAGGCGAAUCGAUAGUCUUGAUAAAGAGCUCCGCAACUUCGCUAACGCUGCGCGCCAACUUGGCAGUUCCGUUGGAAUAUUGUCAUCCGCUUUUCGACUACGGGAACGCCUCACAAAAUUGCUGUUUCUAUUUCGCGAGAACGCAGCUACGUUGUUCCCUCGGAAAAUUUUGCGUCAACCUCGAGAAACAUUAGUUAACCCUAACUUGAUGGACCGACGACGCACAUGGAGAGUUUCCCCCGGUCAAUUCGCUAGUUUCGCAGACGACGUCGUAACGUUCCUGAACUGCUUGAACGAGUUUCCGGAGUUUACAGAUGAGGCGGUCAAUACGUCAAUGCGUGCUUUCGAAGUCGAUCUCAAGUAUUGGGCAUCGUGUCUUCAGGAGUACAAAGGUCAAUUUCGGUAUCCAGCAGUGCAGCGCUAUAUCCACGAUUUGACGUCAGAAAUUGGGGAGCACAUUGACAACAUCACGGUCAAUCUGUCGAUGUUUAUUGAAAUCGGCGUACCGACGAUUAGGUUCGCCCAGCAACAUGCGGCAGCAAACCUGCUAAAUUUGUCGACAUUGACAGAUGGAGUGCUGGAGAAGUCUGUUAAUGCGUUCUGGUUCUCCUCGUUGGUUUUCAGUAUAGCAGCCGCUGUGAACAGUCUCCUUGGUCUCACUUGGAAGCAAGCCAUGUAUCGCUCUCCGGGACAUAGGGUACCUUGGUGGGUAUUGAUAUGGAUUAAGCGAUCGCCUCUAGUCUUUCUCGUCAUGUCCGUGGCAUGCUUUUCCGCGGGCUUGAUGCUUUUCACAUACGCUACAGACCAGGGAUUUGUCACGUCCACGAUCACCACUGUUUUUACAGCUGUCACUUCCUUCGGCCUGGCUGCCGUCUCCGCUUGGUUCGCCUCAGAACGCUGGAUAUUCGUUCAGCACCGCGGUCACGUGUGGCUGGAGGAUGUGAUAAACGAAGCAACCCACCGCAUGCUCCUCCUCUCUGUUGUUGUGGGAUUGCGGAAGAUCAUCCACUACUGCAAUCAACGCAUCUUGGCGACCCGCGGCCUGGUAAGACGGGUGUCUUUCAAGAAGGUAACCGGCGCGAUCACCCGGUUCAGAGAUAAACACCAUACUCUUCCUACCACGCAGGAGGGCCCGCAGAUGCUUGAACUUCCUCGCCACCACGAGCCAGCUGUAUCCGUGUGCUCGGAAUACACCGAACGUCCCAAUUCUUUGGAUGCGCCUGCGAGUGAGGAUAGCGAGGCUUCCCGUCGAUCCAUUGCCCGCCAGCGCUUCAAGGGAGCCGUCCGUUCUGUCAUCAUGAUGCAGCAAGCGCAAGCGGGGCAGAUGCCGCUGUAUCUACGGCCCUUCAUGCCGCCACGGACCCCCUCUUUUGACCGGACCUCCGCUACAGGAAUGUCUCCCACUCGAUUCUCGUCCAUCGGUUUGAAUACCAUUCGAGGACAGAGAGUUCCCACAUUGAUCCCAAAGCUGAAAACCCUGGAACCCUUACAGGAUCUCUCCAUACAUACUGCCCUUGUUCGGCAUCUACAGUUCUCCCCAAACGGAAAAUAUCUCGCUACGUCAAGUUGGGAUCGGUCUUCUAUCAUUUUUCGUGUCGGAGACUCUUUUUCAACUCAGGCUGUUCUGGUACACGUGCGAGGCUUUAUCGGCCAAGUUGCAUGGUCUGCGACCGGUACCAUUCUCUUGACGAGAUUAACUCGCGGAAUCAAGGUCUGGACGGAGGAUGGACUCUGUAAGAGAACAAUCGACCGACCGCACUCCGUGUCAUCUAUCACAUGGCUGCCUAACAGCGAGACGCAAUUUUUCUCCGUCGAAGGUAGCGAUGUUUUCAAACUGGAUACCCAAGGAAAGGUUCUUGAUUCGUAUCACUUUGGUCGCAUCCAGUUGCACAAUGUGGUCGUGACUCCAGAUGGCCAGCGGUUACUGGGUGUGGGUCCACUCCUUGCGGCACCUAAUGGGUUGCAUCCGAGCCGCACCACUAGGGUUGAAAAACGCAUAAUAGUUUUCAACAUGGAGACUAAAGAGUUUGAAAGCCAGACACCCGUCGUGAAUGACGUGCGUGACAUCACGAUUUCCAAAAGGGGUGGAAACGUGUUGAUUUCCUUUGAGCGCAAGACACCUCCACAGUUGUGGAAGAUGGAGCUAGUACGAGAUGCUAGAGGUCGCGACCAAUUUUCAUAUGCACAAGUCGCUAGACUGCUUCUCCGUCAUACGUAUCUGCCCAAAGCUCAAGUGGAUAUCGCGGGCUCCAGCUACUUCGGCGGCAAGGAAGACCAGUUAGUGUUAUGCGCAGGAAAAGCGGGCGAUAUCCACAUCUGGGAUCGCGAUAGCGCAGCUUUGCUCCAUUAUAUUAGACCUCAAACAUUCGGCGGGGACUUGACAUGUGUUGCAUGGAACCAUUCCACCGAUGAUCCCUUCAUGUUCGCCACGGGCAGCCACGACGGUACGGUGCGCAUAUGGACGACCCCAGCGGGGAACCGCUCUCCUGAUGACGCAUCCGAUCUCGAGCGGCGCACUGAUGCUGGUAUGACAAGUUCGGAUCAGUAUGCGCCUCCGCCUAUCCUGCGCCCGCCGCCUGUGCCAGGAUCCAGUCGUCGAGAAAGAGCGCCGACCAUACGGACUACAUUCUCGAUAGGGCCUGGGUAGAAUAUUGCUAACAUUCAGUAUGGGCGCCAGACAAUAGAUGAUAGAUUUGUGUCUGUUUGUAUGUUUGCAUGUUCACCUCUGUUUCAUAUAUAUUGUCCUCG